AUGCAAACUGCACAAUUUGGACGGUACACAAGACAUUUUAUAAUACACUUGGAUGGCAUUCAUGUCUUCGGCAGUGAUAAUAGAGAACACAACGCUAAUCUUAGAAUGGAUUUAAAGUCACACCCGCAUCUCGUAGACAGUCCAGAAACAGAGAAAUGCCGGUUCUUGCAACGUCCGGUCAACUGCCUGAGGUAUACUGUCUUGCCAGAUGGCAUGGCACCUAAUGAAGUAAAACCUUGUCUUCGAAAAACACCAGUGGAGUACCUUUUAAGGCUGCAUCAUGGCGUUUUAAACAAGCAUUGGCCAAGUUUUUUGGCUGAAAACCAAAUGGCUGUUAGUAUAAGACCCCAUAUUAGUUGUUAUACUUUUAAGCGAAAAAAUUAA